UGGCUCGCUCCGGUGCGGCCCCGCCUGCGAUGCAGCCCGGCCCCGCGCGCUGACUCCCUCCGGCCUCCGCUGCCCCCUCCCCGGCCAGGCCGCAAAGCCCCGGCCUCGCGUAGCGCGGCUCGCCGAGCCCCGCGGGGGGUAGGGCGACCCCGGGCCGGGCCAUGCGGCGGGGCCCCCGCUAGGCUCCGCGGGACAGGAGGGAGGCCCCGGCCCGGCCAUGCCGGCCAAGAGGAAGCCGGUGCUGCCGGCCCUGACAAUCACCCCGACCAUCGCCGAGGGCCCGAGCCCGGACGGCUCCUCCGAGGCAAACCUGGUCGAUCUGCAGAAGAAGCUGGAAGAAUUGGAAUUGGAUGAGCAGCAAAAGAAGAGGUUAGAGGCUUUCCUCACCCAGAAAGCCAAGGUUGGGGAGCUGAAGGAUGACGACUUUGAGAGGAUCUCCGAGCUGGGAGCUGGCAACGGUGGGGUGGUCACCAAAGUACAGCACAAACCCUCAGGACUCAUUAUGGCACGAAAGCUGAUUCAUUUAGAAAUUAAACCCGCCAUUCGUAAUCAAAUUAUCCGAGAGCUGCAGGUCCUACACGAGUGUAACUCUCCAUACAUUGUGGGUUUCUAUGGAGCGUUCUACAGCGAUGGAGAGAUCAGCAUCUGCAUGGAGCACAUGGAUGGAGGCUCUCUGGAUCAAGUGUUGAAAGAAGCCAAAAGGAUUCCUGAGGAGAUCUUGGGAAAAGUCAGCAUAGCGGUUCUGCGAGGUUUGGCCUAUCUAAGAGAGAAGCAUCAGAUCAUGCACAGAGAUGUGAAACCUUCUAACAUCCUGGUCAAUUCCCGGGGAGAGAUAAAGCUAUGUGACUUUGGGGUUAGCGGUCAGCUCAUUGACUCCAUGGCAAACUCCUUUGUGGGGACUCGAUCCUACAUGUCUCCUGAGCGGUUGCAGGGCACUCAUUACUCAGUUCAGUCCGACAUCUGGAGCAUGGGUCUCUCCCUGGUGGAGCUGUCUAUCGGAAGGUACCCAAUCCCCCCACCAGACUCCAAGGAACUGGAAGCGAUAUUUGGCCGUCCCAUGGUCGAUGGGGCAGAGGGAGAACCUCACAGCAUCUCACCGCGGCCCAGACCCCCAGGGCGCCCUGUCAGUGGCCACGGAAUGGACAGUCGGCCUGCAAUGGCCAUCUUCGAACUGCUGGACUAUAUUGUUAAUGAGCCUCCUCCUAAGCUGCCGAAUGGAGUUUUCACGCAAGACUUCCAGGAGUUUGUAAAUAAAUGCUUAAUUAAAAAUCCAGCAGAACGGGCAGAUCUGAAGAUGCUGAUGAAUCACGCCUUUAUCAAACGCUCUGAAGUGGAAGAGGUGGAUUUUGCAGGUUGGCUAUGUAAAACGCUGCGGUUCAACCAGCCCAGCACCCCCACCCGCACCGCCAUGUGACGGCAAAGCAAACGGCCUUGUGUCCACACAUCUGCCUGUCUGUCACCGUUUCCUGCCCUUCAGUAGAAGACAGAACCGCCCUCCUUCCUCCCCCAUCCCCUUCCCAAAACGGCAAAGCACCAUCAUUUUGGGAAAUACCCAUCAUCCAACAAACGAGCAGAAACGGGCUUGCUUUCUUUGUUUUGUUUUUUCAUGCCUGCGUUCAAGCGCGGCUCAGUCUUUGACGUUUCUGACAUUUGGGAAAUGUGCUGCUGCUUACGUUGUCUCUUUUGAAACCUGUUCCCUUGGGUUAAAAAAAAUUUGGUGUGUGUGCGGGGGGCGGGGGGGAGAUCAUGUGCUUUGUAUACUUCCUUUUGGUGGGGGCUUGAAAAUAGCUAGUGUCGAAAGCUGUAGCACUGGACACAGAGAAACCUAUCAAUGAGGAAUGGCUGGGGUGAGGGCAGGGACAGUUGCCAGAUGGUAGAGCUCUUGCACGUGUGUUGGCAGAGAGCAAGAAGGAGAAGGGAAGGUGUUGAGACUAGCAGACCCCUUGAGCUUGCUUGGGGAAAUUAGCAGGGGCACUGCAAGAACAAAGAGACGGUUCGUGGGUAAUAUUUUUAGCCUAGCUGGGGAAAGAGGAGCAGCACUAAAUUCUCUCCCACGUUUCUUGUGUCUGUUUGACACUCAGCUCCUUAACAGGGAAGCCUUUCUUAGCUCCCCUUGUCCUGUUCCUCUUUGUGUCCAGCCAGGGCUCUGUCCUAACCCAGAUGCUGGAGAAAGGACAGACUAGGGAAUCCUGUUUUUCUUCAUGUAAGCUUUGAGGUCCUUUUGCAUUACUGUGUGUUGGAAAGUUGAUUUCUAGUAGCCCAACGUCCUUCCCUGCUGAUCUUCUUCCAGGUGUAGCUAGGAAAAGUUUCUGCUUUUAAAACGUGGGGUUUUCGAGUAUAUUCCAGGCACGCACGGCGUGUUCAGUGAUCGUCUUGGGCUACUAAAUUGCCACAUUGGGCGGUUAGCCUGCUAAGAAAGGGAAAGGAGUCUGAGCCAAUUAAUAACAGACUGCAGGGCGAUACUGGCUACUCUUCCAGUCAAUGUGACGGUCAGGGCAAGAAGCUUUUUGUGGUAAGCUUGGGCCUACCAGAAUUGUGAGGGAGGAGACAGUACCCUCCAGCGGCUGCAGCAGCAUUACUGCCCUGCCACACUUUGAAGGGAAGACUGCGUCGUGCACCCGACAGUUGGCGAUACAAAGGGAGAGCGGGCAUUUCUCUGCAGCUCCGGCACGUUCUGCCGCCAGUGCGGAGAUGCUGCGUUGGGAAUGGAAUCCCUAGCAACUGGCCCAGGGAAGAAAAGUCCUGAUCUUCCUUCGGAUCUACUCACGGCACUGACAAGGCUGAUCGAGCAGCAACCCAGGAGUGUGGUGCAAACUCCAAAGGCUCUCAGGGCGUAGCUGAUUCUUUGCCCGUUUUCUGUGCUGCUCCACAGUCCGGCGAGAACCAUCUCCCACAAGGGCUGUGGCGGAUGCAAGUGUUUUUAGAAACGUUCUUUGGAGAGGCAAGGAGAGGAUGGGUGAGAUGCCUCAAAUCCUACAGGAAGCCAAACAGCAGAUUUCCACCCAGGGUUCUUUCCCUGUUUGAAAUGGUCUCCACGCUGCCUGCUAGUGGUCAGGAUUGUUGAGUUUUGUUUUGUUUUUCCUCCAGCACUGAUGUUUUUCCCCCCAGCUCCUACCAGAGGGUUUCAAACCUGUGAUCUCCUACGGAAUAUACCUAGUCUUUCUAAGGUCAUUCUCUCCCCUCCCCUCCCCUGCUUGGUCUCACUGUGUUAGAGUGGCUGGUUUUUAACUGUGUAACUGUACAUUCAGCUGAGCCUUCAGACAACCACGUAAGGCAGAAGACCAGGGCGAGGUAACUGUGACUCCAGCCGUCUCGUGACCAGCUGGCGAGAUGCUGUACAAGGCCACUGGAGGAAGGAAACCACACAUCGGAACUAGUUUUGUGACAUAACUAGCCAAAAGCAAUCAAGUCUCUGGGGGAGACUUCCCCCAGGACCAUUAGGUGCCUAACUCCUAUUGGCAUUAAUGGGAGCUGGGUGGCUUAAACUGUCCUCUUUGCCUGGGCAAAAUCUCCCCCCUACCAGUUUGAUGGUACAUGCUCCUUGGGUAGGGGAAAGACUUGUCCAAGCCACCCAGACAUGGUGCACGUCUCUUCGCUCUUCUGAUAGGUAAGGAUGCCAUCACGUGGUGGCUGAACUGUUACGUAGAGCUGCCUGCACCAUUGCAGCACCUUUCCCGGGCCCCCUCCGUCUUCAGCUCCGGUAGUUAGGAGUCCUGUCCAGUUUUAGCCUUUCCUCAUUGCUCGGCGUUCCCUGCCGAAGGCCAGUACAAAUCCCUGUGCGGCAUAGUUCCAUAAUUGUGAUAGGUGGAGUGGUAACUCCAAACGUGCUUCAUCUAACGACAGUCCUGCUGGCAAUCUCUGAACCAUGAAGAUCUCCAUAAUGGUCCCUAGAAGGGGGACACCAGUCGUACACUCUCUUUUCUGCUGCCGAGCUGGGAGUAGAGUCUGGCCCUGACCCCACGGCCUUUCCCCAUGAGCUGCCUGGUUCUCAGAAACGUUUUCCUGUAGACUCUCUGGGCAGGGAGACCCGGCUGGCGAAGUGAAAGUGACUAACUGAGGUAGCUGUUUGCUCCUGCUGAUCCAGACAGGAAGUCUGAGGAAGCCUCUUUUGGGACUACUGGGCCUCGCUUGUUUUGUGUGACCGGCGGUAGCGUGUGUGGAAUUCGCCGAGUGUAUUUAUCUCCUCUCUCAGGGGGGAUCCGGUUCUUCAUUUCCUUGAGGGAAAGGAAUAAGAGGUUAAACAAUAGUUAACCGGAAGGGCCUGCUCACCUUUGGUGGAAUCUCGCUUCUCUCAAGCUACCUCUCUAGUUUAGGGAAUGAUAGGUACGUACCUUGCAGUUACGGGAGCCAGGAAGGGCCUUGUUCUGCUGUAACAGUUGAGUCUCAUGAGGUGGGAAGAUAGCCUGCAUGGAUCACAUGGACAGGGUCUCUUCAAAGAGCCUUUUAUUUUUUAUUUUAUUUUUAAAUAUACCCUUUCUUGUGCUUGCUGUAGAAAUACAAGCCAUAGGAAUGACUCAUUCCCUUGCCCUCUUGGCUUUGGGAGGGGGUGUGUGUGGGGGUCUCUGAUGUGCGAGUUCCAUUUGGCUAGAGUCUAGAAAUCUCGUCUUCGUCAGGUCCCCUAAAGCAGGAUGUCUUGGCUUAAGGGGCAGAGGCCUGUUGGCGUCCUCAGCCCUAGCAUUCUUGUGCUGCUGUUAAAGGAACAACCUGAGCCAGACCACGGUGGCUGCAAAGGUCAAUUGUGAACUUGUAAAUUCGGGGAAGGGGCAGGGGGGCGCGUGAUUUAUGAGGCUUGGAAAGCAUGGCCACCGCCGCUUUCUAAUGGACAGUCCCGUUGGGUAGCAGCAGACAUAUCAGUGCCCCUCCCCCAAAACGCAUAUGUUCUCCUGUAACCGCGUUCCACUGGGGAAUAUAUCGAAUCUACCUGAAAAGGAAAGGGUGUCGGGCGGAACCUGAUCACUCAUGAAGCACCUGCCGUGUCUGUAUGGUGUCGGUUUCACCCCCUUGAUGAAGGGCAAGGUGCCAGCCAGUGUUGAGUAAAGUCUUUCAACUAGCACGUUGACAGUGUAAUAAUUUAACGAGGGGUGGAGGGAUUCCCUCCCUACCCAUAGAUGCAUUUCAUGCUGCUGAUUGUGGUUCAGAUAUGCUGGGUGUUUAAAAAAAACACACACACACACACAAAUAUAGUGGAUUGUGCUUAUUUUUUCAAAUAGUACCAGUGGCUCAAGCACUGAUGUCAUUUUUACAUUUUUGAAGGCCUUUAUUUUUACCCCAGAGUUACCCUAUUUGAUCAGAUUAUCAGGUGCUCUCAUGCCUGGGUUCUAGUUAAUCAGACCACUAGGACAUUAAUGCAGAAAAGCAGCCGAGAGAGCUGGAAGGAUGUGGAUCUCUCACUGUUCGGGGGAACCUCUGCAAAGCUUUUACAAUCUCCUGAUGUCCAGAAGAAGUGGAAACAGGUUCCAUGGCUGCUCCAAACCAAAGCUUAUGCUGCAGGCUUCAGAUUUCACUCUAAUAUGCCUCUCUCUGUCCAUUUGCCACAGCGGCCCGUAAUAUUUAUAUAGCAGGAAGAAAAUGGGUAGAGUUUAAUAGCCCGAGGGAAGACUUGUCUGCUAGCUAGCAAAGAUUUGAGAGCAAGAAUCUGAAGCAUCAUCCCUGAGUGGCAGUUGUAUGUUUUCCAACAACCCAUUAAUUUUUUUUUCCUAGAGUGCACUUAUAUUCCAUCAAAUCUGGUAACUCUUGAGGACUGAAUGUAUUAUACAAAGUGUUUGGGUUAAUUAAAAAAAAAAUUCUAAUGGAAAUGGUGAGAUCAUGUUCUCUGAAUGACUAUGUACUGUUUUUUGGUCAUGUAUAUGAACCAUGAGGCUCUGGGGUGGGGGGGUGUCUCUUUUUUGCCUCUUAUUUAAAUGAAAAAUGUAGGGAGUUCUACUAUUCAAAAGCUUUAGGAUAUUUUUGUUUUGCUUUUGCGCUUGGUUUUGGAGGUGAAGGAGAAAGUGUAUUGAGCAUUUUGUUGGUGCAAUUUUUUUUAACUAUUUUCAUCAUGGAAAAAAAAAUAAAUGGCACUUUACAUUAAAA